AUGAUGCGACAAUCAUUAAUUGAUGAACGGCGCAGUGAUUUAGUCCUAUCGGAUCCUACAAAUCGUCGUUUACAUCGUAUAACAACAAUUGGCGACAAAAAUCCACAUGUACAUAUAAGAAAAAACAAUCAUUUAAAUAAUAAUAACUCCAAUGAUCAACAACAACAAUCGCAAGAGAUAUCAGAUUCUUCGCCUUCUAGUCAAUAUUACGAACAACAAUCUGAUUUUAGUCCAUUUAGUCCAAAUGUCGAUCCUCGACAAAGAAUUGAUCAUUUAGAACGAAACAUAAAAUAUAUUCAACAGCAACAUGAACACACUUUGCAAGAUUUACAUAAUGAAGUAGAUAGAUUACAGCAAGAAAAUAGAGGUAUGUACAGAGCAUACCAUUUACAUUUUCAUUUGAUUAAUAUUAGACCAUCUUCCAGAAAUAGUAGAUCGGAUAUUGUAUCUCAAGUACCAACAACGACGACGAAUGGAACAGUAGAUCGCAAUUGGACAAAACCGACGACAACAACAAUAACAACAAUAGUACCGACUGCGAGUCAAAUAUCUGAUUUAUCUAAGACAGAAACAAAUUUAGGAAAUCGUUUACUCGAAGAAAAACGUCUGCAAGAAGUUCAACGAUUGUAUUAUGAAAAACAAGUUGAAGAAUUGAAACAGAAACUAAUUGAAUUGGAACGAAAAAAUGAAUAUUUAGUGAAAACGAUUGAUGAUUUUAAAAAACGAGCUGUAGCAACCCAGCCGACAAGUACAGUAAUAUCUCAACCACCACCACAACCGUUAUUUCCAGAAACUGAUAAUUCCAGCAUAACUCAAGAUAUACAGAAAGUAACGAUAACAACGCAUAAUAAGUCAUUUUCACCCGUUAGUUUAUCAUCGAUAACAAGUCUAGAUCCAUUACAAGUAACAAUUGAACCGAGUGUGUCACGUGAACCAACCCCAGAAGAAUGUAUACAACUAAUUAAAAUAGCACAUGAAACAUAUAGAAAACAAAAACAAGAGAUAUCAGUAAUGAAAGCUAUCUUCAAGGAAUUAUUGCAUAGUGAAAAUUUAAGUUCAACAUCUCGAACAUUAGUUCGUGAUUGUUUAACUUCAAGUACAACAUCAGACAUAUUGUUUGGUCAAAAAACAACACGAUUUGUUCCCAAUGAUGGUCUUAUCAAGCGACAACCAUCAUCGAGUAGUAAACGAACAACAGAUUAUCUUCAUGCUAGACAUCUUGAAAGUCGUGGAACAUUGCAUUUAAGACGACUCACACUUUCACCACCGAAUUUGUCCGUGAAUCCAUUAAGUAGUUGGAGGAGUGCUAGUACUCGUCCAUCUGAUCGUUUAAUUCUUCCACCUAUUCAACAAGGUUCAACACCGAUUCAUGAAUCACCAUACCAACGUCUAUCAGAUACUCAUACAGAUAAUUUGCAAUUCUUAAACAAUCCGAUUAAUCGAACAGUACAACAACAACAACAAACUACUUCUCGAUUCAAUGAAACAACAGUCGCUCGACGAGAAAGACGAACACAAGAAUUACAGCGUACACGUUUAACACGAAAUCUCUACCAUUAA